AUGUCGUGGCAAGGUACAGCUUACCGAGAUCCCAUCUUGAUCCGCACAUGCCGAACCGUUCUCGCUAACCGUCUAUUUUAUGUUCGCAGCCUCGUCGGCACCGGCCAUGUCGACAAAGCAGCCAUUUUCAACGCCGAGGGCACCUCCGUAUGGGCGACGUCUCCCGGCUUCAACGUGACACCGGCCGAACUGCAGGAAAUCGUUGGCGCGUACAAAGACACCUCUAUGCCCAAGAAAGUCCAGUCCACGGGUCUACACAUCGCAGGCCAGAAAUAUAUCGUCAUCAAGGCCGAUGAGACGAGUCUGUACGGGAAGAAGGGACGAGAAGGCGUUGUGAUUGUCAAGACAAAGCAGGCCCUCCUUAUCACACACUACCCCGAGACGAUACAACCGGGCACAGCUGCCAAUACUGUUGAGAAGCUCGGCGCCUACCUCGUCAGUGUGGGAUACUAA